AGGCUCUGUGGUGCCGAGCCGUGUCGAUGUGGCUGUAAUGUCAGGUUUUCAGCGCUGAGCCUAAAACUAAAUGCAGCCAUAAUGAAAGUUUCAGCCUUAUUUCUGUGUUUUGUGUUUAUCCUUGCUGCAGCAGACCAGGACGAGCGGCUUCCUAAUAAAUGUGAAGUGUGCAAGUUCUUGACAGUAGAGCUUCAGGCAUCUCUAGAGAAGACUGGCCGCUCCAAAGAGGUUCUGGAGCUUGGAGAGGUGCUGGACACUGGAAAACGCAGACGCAAAAUUAAGUAUAACACCUCGGAAACAAGAUUGACAGAAGCUGUUGACAAUAUCUGUGAAGGGAUACUGCAGUACAGCGUCCAUGCUGAGAGACCCGGGAGCCUCCGAUAUGCUAAGGGCACCAGUCAGACCAUGAGCACACUGAAGCACCUGGUUAAUAAGGGAGUAAAGGUAGAGCUUGGUGUCCCCUAUGAGCUCUGGGAUGAGCCAACAGUGGAGGUGGCAGACAUGAAGAGACAGUGUGAAACUAUGUUGGAAGAAUAUGAGGAGGUGAUAGAGGACUGGUACUUCAAUCAUCAGGAGGAAAGACUGGAGAAGUUCCUUUGUGAGGUCCAUGUCCUGAAAAACUCUGACUCCGAAUGCCUGAAGGAGGUAUGGAAAGGUGACAUGGGGACAAAAGGAUCUACAGAGGAGUCCGAGAGUGAUGACAGGAGGGAAGGAGAAGGACGAAUGCAUGACGCUGGAGAACUCUGACAACAGAAACAUGGCAGACAAAUUCAAACACUUGGACAGUCUUCCUGCUAGAAUACGUCCUGAGGAAGAAGAUUGAUCCAACUUACUGUGAUAAAAAAAACAAGAAACCUUUCUUGUAUUCCUUGGUUCUAGUCAACACUACAUGAACAAUGCAAGUUACUUCCAGGACUUUCUAAUGUGCCUUCCUGUCUGCUUGGUUUGUUUUUCUAAGCCAGCAGUCUGAUCAACAUCCAGCAUCCUCAAGCAGUGAGAAAAAACUGUGAGCAUGUUAAAGCCAGUUCCAGCCUUCGCUCCUGUUCUGGAGAGACACUGUACCUUGAGAACCUGAAUCACUUUAUCUUGUUUGGCAGUGUGAGGCCAAUCUUUAGUCACACACUUACAAUGCUUUAAUGUCCUAGUUUACAAGUAUUCUGUAAUCUUGGACAGUAAAAGGGAAUCACACGGAUUUUUUAAACAUAAUUCAACUGUUAAUAUAUAAACCGUGUCAUUAAGAGAGGGUUGUCAUGAAAUGUGCCAUCUUUGAGAAACUUAGAGUUACAAAAUUAUUUACAGUGGUGAUGAUAGGAACCAGAUGUCUGAAAUAUUUAUUGCCCCUAAAAUUUAUUGUAUUACAUAACUUAGGAUCACUAGUUCUUUGGAUAGUAAAUAAAAUGGCUAUAUUUGCAUUGUACACAUUGUGACCCCUGCUUCCUGUCACCACCACUGGGGGAAAAAAGUCUCAAUCAGUAAAUUUCUCUGCAAUUAACCAUUUUGUAUCAAACCACCCUGAAUGAUUUUGUUUACAUGUUGAUGACUCUAUUAUGCAAAAAUUUGUGGAGUUUCACCUUUGUCCUAACUUACAGGAUGGGUGGUUUUAUGCCAUGCUGCAAUUGACGGUGAAGACACUCCAUGCAUUGUGCCUUUAUGCUAGACUGCUUCAGUGUUAUGUGGAAGGACAGACUCCGACACUAGUGUGCUCAGUGUAGCAAUAAUGAGGACCUGUAACUCUAGCAUGGUGUUGUAUGGGCAUGUUACAUGUUAGUAUUUUUCUUUAUUGUUUGUUUUUGUGGUUUUUUUUUUGUUGUUUGUUUGUUUUUUGUUUUUGAAAGCAUAUUCUUUGAGUGGCUCAGUAUUAAAAUGCUGUCAUAAAAUACUACAAAGA